ACAAACAGCAGAAGGAAUCUGUCACACCUUCUUAGGUCUCCUGCUUCCCCUCCCCUUCGCUCCCGCCUUCCACUUAUUCAUACAAGAAGCGCCUCAGCUUUCAUUGGCCAGUGCGUGGUGACAUCUUAACCAAUCACAAACCAGACUGUGCUCCUACAGUACCCAGAGCGCGAAUCGUGAAGAGACCUUGGCCACGAUUGGUCCCUGCGUGAUAAGGUUUUAAUUUUGAAUUGUUCUACAUGGCGAGGAAGAGGCCACUACCCGGACUCCAUUUAAUCCCGAGCUCUUAGACUAUUUAUUUCUUUAUUUUGAGAGAGAGAGAGAGCACGUGAGGAGCAGAGAGAGAAUCCCAAGCAGACCUCACAGUGUCAGCACAGAGCCCAAUGCAAGGCUUGAACUCAAGAACGAAAUCAUGCCCAAGUUCAAGCAACGAAGAAGAAAGCUAAAAGCCAAAGCCAAAAGAUUAUUCAAAAAGAGAGAAGUCUCUCACUUUCAGGCCAAGCUAAUUAUACCUCCUCCUCAGCUACCCUCACCAGAAAGAGUGGUUACUCCUUCAGCAGAUAUACCCCUUAACAGAAGCUGGCUAAGAUCAUCCUGGAACUUCAAAUUUCCCAAUAUCAAAGAUACAGUAAAACUUUGGACAAAUAGAGUGUGGUCUAUAUACAACUGGUGCCAGAACUGCAUGGCCCAGAGUUUAGAAGUAUUGAAAGACACCAUCUUUCCAUCCCGUUUCUGCCACCGAGAACUUCACAGUCUGAAACAACGGUUUUGCAUUUUGGAAAAUCAAUUCUGCAAGCUCCAGGAAACUCUGAAGGCUAUCUUGGAAAAUUCUUCCUGCCCAAACUGUGGUCAGACAUGUCACAUAAGUGGUAAACUUACAGAUGUGCCUGCCUGUGCUCCAACCACCCCUGGAGAAUCUAGAGCUGUACUUCCUCCCACGCUGCCACAGCCAGCCACCCAUCUUCCUCCUCUUCCACCUCCGCCUCCACCCCCUCCACCUCCUCCUCUACCUCCACCUCCACCACCUAUAGCACCUUUGCUGCUCAGAAAAUCCAGUCGCACUAAAGCACUUCAGGCUGGACCAUUAAAAAAAGAUGGACCCAUGCAAAUAACAGUUGAAGAUCUACUGACUGUGAAAUUAAAGAAGACACAGUGUUUUGAUGAAAGGAAGAAGCUUGUAUCAUCACCAAAGACACGGAAUCCACUAGUUACUGUCUCUGACCUGCAGCAUGUCACCCUGAAACCCAACUCCAAAGUGCUAUCAACUCGAGUUACAAAUGUCUUAAUUACUCCUGGUAAAAGCCAGAUAGAUCUGCGGAAACUACUUAGAAAAGUUGACGUAGAGAGGAGCCCAGGUGGAACCCCACUUACGAAUAAAGAAAAUAUGGAUACAGGAACUGGACUGACUCCAGUAAUGACCCGGGCCUUGAGGAGAAAGUUUCAGAUGGCUCACCCUAGAAGCCCAACUCAAACUCUGCCACUUUCUACAAACAGCUUUGAUGAACAAAACUGAUGUCAACUCAGCCUGACUCCGUGUGAUGAUCCAUAAAAUACACAGAUAAAAUCACCCCAAUCCUUUUUUUUAAUAUAGUAGAGUAGGUAUAAGUAAUUAUACUAAUAUAUAAUUCCAUCUAAAGAAUUAAAGUAUGUGUGGAGCCCCCAUACAUACUAUGAUAUAAAGUAUUUGGAUAUUUUUUAGUUUGCAUGAUCAAUAAGAGAACAGAUAGGAAAAUGCAAUCCCCAAAGUGAUGUUUAUCCUGGAAUUACCCAAUUAGGUUGGAGAGGUUGUUCACAUUUAACUAGAUAACAGAUUUGUAUUCAAUAGGUAGAGUUAUGACAUUAAAGUAAACUGGUCCCCAUUCAUCUUGCGUAUCCUCAGGUAAUUAAAAAGAAAAGUUGUUUCAUCCCGUACCGCUAAUGCAUUCUCUAAGUGCUACAGACUUGAUCAGUAAAAAAGUCUGAUAGUAAACAGAAAUCAUUUAUUUGAUCAAAUAAAUGAUUUCUGUUUUCUGUUUACUAUAAACAGUUAAGAGGUAAGACAUUUCACCCUCCCAACCCAGUUAUUUUCCAAAAGGAUGUGAAGCAAAAUGUCCAAUAUAACCUUAAAAUUUAGAACAUAUCAUUUCUAGCAUUUAGAAAUGAUAUCUAGGUAGUUCUAUCUGGCUCACUGAAGUCUGAGAUAUUCCUUUCGUUGAUAUUUGCUGUCCAUAUUCAUGCAGCUAAAUAUAAGUUUUACAAGGACCUCAACAUGAACCUUGUAUUUUCCCCAGUGGCCUGCCAAGGAUUAUUUGAAGUCCAUAGCAGAUUCACUUUGAGACCUAAUUCCUGUCCUCAUCAGCCUAUUGUUUCAAUACCAGUAAUAAUGCACACCUCACUGGAUUUUUGUUCUUUCCCACCAGUCCAGGGUUGCCAGAUUUAACAAAAACAAAUAUAUAACAAAUUUGAAUUUCAGAUAAACAAGUAACAACCUUUAAAUAUACAUAUGUCCAGGAGCACCUGAGUGGCUCAGUCGGUUAAGUGUCUGACUACAGCUCAGGUCAUGAUCUCAGUGUUCAUGAGUUCGAGCCCUGCAUCGGGCUCUGUGCUGACAGCUCGGAACCUGGAGCCUGCUUCGAAUUCUGUGUCUCCCUCUCUCUCUGCCCCUCCCCAGCUCAUGCUCUGUCUCUCUCUCCCUCUCUCUCUCUCUCGCGCGCUCUCAAAAAUAAACAAACAUUAAAAAAAUUUUUUAAAUAAAUAAAUAUAAAUAUGUCCUGUUAAACAAUGAAUUGUUUAUUUUAACAUAAGGAAGUCCCAGAUAUUUCAUGGGAGAUAUUUCUACUACAAAAAGUAUUCAUCGUUUAUCUGAAAUUCAGAUUUAACUGGGCAUUCUAUAUUUUAUCUGGUAACCCUGCAAAGUUGCCAGGUAUUUCUGGGAGCCCCCAGCUUGUCAGACAUGUCUACUUAGCAUUGGACACAACUGUAGCUUCAGCCAGGAUCCCCAUAAUUAAUGUGUUAAGUAUCACAGAGAAAGGGGAACUUUCAUUAGGGUGAGUUCUUGUGACUGAAGGUGAGGAUUAGCUUUGAUGACAAUAACCUCCCUUGCAGUUCCAAGAAUAAUGGUAGCAGCUGCUCAUGGAUAGGAAACAAGGGGUUUUAGAUCGUCCCUGAACUUUGUAGCCUGACAGGGAGCAGCUGCAUAGAUGAUACCCUUGAAAUAUAUCCUGGUUAGCAUAGGCUAAAAAAGAUAUGUUAGUUAUUUCUCAGAAAUGCCUAUAUUUCCACAGAUAAAGAUUGCUUUCAGAUGCCAAAUAGAGUGUUGUGUCACCAGACUAGAAAGCCAAUCUGAGGGUGAUGUUUUGUUCUUAUGAGACCCAUGUUUAUGUUUAUAACACAUUUAUAAAUGAAAAUGAAGCAGGUAAUAAAGUUAAGACACAUACUUGCUUCUAGUUAGAAAAAAAAUCUGCUAGCUACAUUUAUAUUAUAUAAGAAUAAAGGGAAUGAUCACUGAGAAUAAAACAUUUGAGUAUUUGUAACAAGUAUUUUAUGGGGCAUUUAUAAUGCCUAUAUUGAUAAACCAGCAUGUACUGUCUCAAUUUAAAUGAAAUGACUUGAUGGGCCACCUGGGUGGCUCAGUCUGUGAGGAUCCAACUCUUGAUUUCAGCUCAGGUCGUGAUCCCUGGGUCAGGGGAUCACACCCCCUGUCAAGCUUGGCACUGAGCGUGGAGCCUGCUUAAGAUUCUCUCUCUGUCCCUCUGCCCCUCUCCCCAGCUUAUGCUCUCUCUCUCUCUCUCAAAUUAAAAAAAUUUUUUUGAUGAUUUGAUUAUUCUUGUGGAAUAAAGGGUCAUAAAAAAAUGCUAUAGAAAUCCUAUAUAAUAAACAUUUGUAAAGCUGCUGUUGCCAUUGUACCAGUAUUAAAAUGUGCUCUACCUUGUAUCUUUUACUAAUUUUUAUGACAGGUUUUAUUUUGUAUCCAUAUGAGAAUCCGAUAAAUGCUAUGGUUUCAUUAAACUGUUGCUAAUUAUACACUUUCAAUGCUUAUUUUCAGCUGAAUAACAACGAGACAAUAUAAACACCAAGGUACAUCUGAUUAUGUUUUUAAAUAAAGAGCAAUA